CUGAAAGCACAAAAUAACAAAUCCUACCUUUACAUGUUUGUGUUGUGAAUUUGUUUACGAAAAACAGACUUUGCAAAUUGCACGAAUAAAUAUGACUAAAAAACGAAAGUUCUCAGCAUCCAGUCCAUUGAAAAUGGAAAAAGUUGAAGUGAAAGAGGAGAACUUUGGGGCUAAUGAGUAUCAGCUUGCCAAAGGACGACUAAAAGGGGUUUUGAGGCAGUUAAAAGAAAGAAGCGAAUCUGACGAUAGUGAUUCCUCUGAUGAUGGAAGAAGGUACAAGGGGGACAAAAAACGUAAAACUGAAAUGCCAGCACCAUAUCACCAUACUUAUGUUAUGAAGCUGUUUGAUCGUAGUGUUGAUCUGGCCAGAUUUGAGGAAGACACUCCAUUAUAUCCUAUUUGUAGAGCUUGGAUGCAAAAUCAACCAAGAAAUCCAAUGCCUAUUAUUAAGAGAAGGAUUUCAUCACCAGAUCCAGAAAUGCAUUGGAAUGAUACUACUGAAUUGCACAAAUUACCACCACCUUCACGACCGUUUGAGACAAGAAUACCAUCACCACUACCAGAGCAGGCACAGGACAAAAAUAAUAUUAAUCUGAACUAUGAUGAAUGUCCACCAGUUGACAAGAACACUUUAAUCCGUAAAAAUUUGGAAAGAUGGGUGAAUGUUAAGAAGAAAUGGAUCAAAACAGCUGCCAAGAAUGAGGAAAGAUAUAAAUACAACUUGUGUAUCUUACAAGCCAUUCAUAACAAGGCCACUGAGUCUGAGUAAUUAACUAGACAAAAUGAAUAAUGAUUGUAUAUGUAAUGUGUUUAUUUAAGAAAGAAUUAAAUAAAAUUUAUAAAUUUA